GGUAGCGCUAGUAUGACUAAAAAAACUAAAUAUUCAACUGUACAAUUUGAAAAUGCCAAAUUCCGAUGCUGAAAAGGGAGUUCGAAAAAUAUCCUCCUUGGGCAAACGGCAACUUGGAAUUUCGUCUUGAAAUCGAGGUGUUGAUUUUAUACAAAUCCUCUUCACGAUUCGUUGCCUGGCCGAACGUCAACCGGAAACAAAGGAAAUUUCUCAGCCGAUCGCGUUUUGUUCAAUUUUUAAAUCGGUCGUCGCCGAACGCCUGCUUCAGCGUUCUUAUUGCUCGGACAGGUUUUUAUUAAUUGUCGUCUUAUAAAUUUAUUAAUUACUUAGUCGGCCGAGGAUGAGGAUUUUACGGAGUAGCGUUGUUUUAGUCAAAAAGGACGAUCAGUUGCUCUUGGGGCUAAACAAACGGGGGUUCAAUCGAGGGAAGUGGACCGGUUUCGGAGGCGUCGUCCAACCCAAGGAAGACCUCAAAAUUUGCGCCCUCAAAAAUACCAAAGACCAAUGUGGUAUCUCGGUCGAGAAGCUGGAAAAAGUUGGAAAGGUGGAAGUCAAAAUAGCCGGGGUACAAGAGGUGGUCCAAAUGCACAUAUUCAUAUCUGACACUUAUUCUGGCGAAGUCAAACCUUCUAAGGAUAUGCAGCCAGAAUGGUUUUCACUCAAGGACCUUCCUUAUAAGAGCAUGUGGCCUGACGCAAACUACUGGCUUCCGCAUAUCGUGAAGGGAGAGAAAAUCAAAGGUUUCUUCGUCUACCAGAACGAGACGCUCAUCUAUCAGGAUUUGAACACUGACGCGUUCAACAAUAGGCUGCAAAAGAGAAACUACUCAAAUGGGAUAUUGAGUCGUUGAACCCAUCUGCUGAUGCAUUGCAAUUAUUAAAAACCAAACAAUUGAUUUAAUCAAGAAAUAAUCGUGUUUGAAAUAUUAAGAAAAGGUUAUUGAGUAUAAGGUUCGAAUGAAAAACAAAUAUCACAGGAUAUUAAGAAAAAAAACUACAAAAAAAUCAGAAAAAAAUCCCUUAAUCUUUUAAUGUUUACUUUUUAUGUAAUUUUUGAUGUAAAAUAAAAUUAAAAUUUAAUUAAAUCGUUUUGGUUACAGCAAC